AUGGGGGCGCUCCCAGCCAAGGCGAGGCCCAAGGCGAACAAGGACGGCUGGGUGGAUCAGCCACGCGGGCGCCGUGCCCAGAGGCAGGCCCGCGGCGCGGCAUCGCGGGCGGCCCCCACCAAGUCGCAGACCUCGGCGUCGGCAGCGAGUGGGACGCCCAGCGGCGGAGGCGCUACGGCGAUCGAGAGGCUCCAGGCGGCAGUCGAGCAGCUCGAGGCGCUGCAGGCCGAGCCCCCCGACGGAGUGGACGGCUGCUUCACCGACGUCGUGGUCAGGCAGCUGGAGGCGAAGCGUGCCGAGUUGGUCAAGGCCCAAAAAGCAGCAGCGGAGCAGAAGGCCUCUUCCCUGCCGCGGGCGACACGGCUCCACAGGGAGGCGAACGCCAUCAGCAAGGGUGAGAAGCGGCUCCGAGCAGCCCGCCAGGAGCUUGUGCAGAAGCAGGAGGCGCGCGACCUCGUCGAGGCCCAGCUCCAGAAGGCCCAGGAGGAGCUCGCGGAGCUCGACGCAGAGGUGGAGGAGGCGAGCCGCGCGCUCCAGGUGCUCGAGGAGGCAGCCCGCGAGGAGGCUGAGGCGCUGCGCCGCCAGCGUGCAGCAGAGUGGACAGGAGCCAGCCAGGUGCCAGGGCUCCUCAUGCAGCUGGAGAAGUUGCCAGAGGCGUGGAGAUCCAGCAACUUCGAGGUGGCCUGGGCAGCCAUUCGCGCACAGAUGGAGGCAGCGCGGGCGCAGCUCGAGGGAGCCCCAGCGGCCCCCAAGCGUGCGCCGUGGGCCGAGUCCUGCCCCAUGGAGGAGAUCAGCAGCGACGAUGGCGAGCUUGCGGACGGCGGCGGCCCCUGGCAGCCCCAGCCAGCCGCCGAGCGAGGCCAAGCCGAGCGGCGCGGCGAGGCGCUGGGCGAGUGGCCGACGGUGGCCCAGGCAUGCAAGCGGGAGCUGGCGGCUGAGGCAGCGGACUUGGCUCCACUGGCUUCUCAUCCUUCUGGCAGCUCCGCAGGAGCCGAGUCGGAGAGGCGCAGCCAGGGCCAGAGAGCGCCUAGCGAGGCCAGCGCGGCGGGCCUGCGCCUGCACGGGAGCGGCGCCGAGGGCGUCGAGAGCGACCCGGUAGGCCGCCGCGGCAUGGGCGCCCGCGGCACGCCCAGGGGCCGGGAGUGCGCUGCAAGGCCCAGCUGGGACCACAUCCCCCUGGGCGCCGAGGAGAACGUAGUUGGGGCCAUCGAGUUCGGCACUAGCGAGUGGGGCGACCGCAGUGACCAAGCUGGCGUACAUGGUGACCCUGAGGCUACUGCAGUGCUGCAGCGGCGCCUCGUGCGCUCCCAGAAGCGGGACGGCGGCAAGAGCUCGGCCUCCUGCAGGAUAUGGGCCAAGCAGGCCGUGCAGAAGGGCGGCAGACUCGCCCACAGUUUUGGAAAGGCCGCGCCGCCCCUGCCAGUGGUGGAUCCAGAGGCUAGCAGGCCCUUGGCAGGCACGAUGGCAGUCGAGCAGCUGGAGGCCAACUGGCAGGCCAUGCGGCAGCAGGAGGGCUUCAGGUCUGGAGCUGGGACCCUGGAGAUGCUGCAGGCGGUUCGCAAGCGUCACUCGCCGGCGGCGGGCCUGGACACUGACCAGCUCCACCCACGGCAGCUGCUGCUGCCCCCCUCGGCCCAGCGUUUGCGCGGCCUGGUCCUCUUGGAGGCCCACGAGGAGCAGUCCAAGGCCCUCGAGGCCGCAGCAGGCCAGUGCCGUGCCUCGCCCGUCUACGCUGGGGAGCGGGCCCAGUGGGGCGGCGACUGGCGCCUCGAGCCAGAGAGGCGCAUGACCAUGGACCCCAGUGGCGCGCUCGGGCCCAUGUUCCUCGAGCCGCAGGUGCAGUCGGCGGCGGCAUCGGAGCCCCAGCAGGCUGGAGAGGCCCUCGGCGGCGGAGCUCCAGCCGCGCCGCCCCACCUGGAGGACAGCCGCUCGACGGGGAGCAGCGCGGCCGCCCUCUCGGCCACCGCUGUCGCUUUCAGCGCCCUGGGGCACGUGCUCAGCUACGCCUGCGCGGACGUAGGCGAGGACACCCAGGUGGUCGUGGCGUGCACCAAGCGUGGCGCCCACAAGGUGCUGGGCGGCCGCGCGGGAGGUGAGUCUCGCCUCAAGGUGCAGUGCCCAGGGCCCAGCUACAUGACCAACAAGUCUGGCAGGAACCAGCGCAGCCUGCGGGAGCGAGGGCUACACCCUGGUGGCAGACCUCGCGCGGACCAGCGGAGAGUGGGAGUAGAGGGCAUCCCUGCCUUGCGCCCCCAAGGGCCAGUGCCAGGACAUGCCCAGGAGCGCCACCUGGAGUGGAUAGGCAUAGAGGCGGAGCCCACGGGCGGAGCCUCAGCCGCAGCCAGCAGUUCGGGCAGCGGCCCAGCGGCCGCGGCCGCGCAGGAGGUGCAGGCGGCGGCGGCCAGCCUGCCCCAGCAGCGGCCAGGGCCGAGUGCGGGCGCCCCCAGAGCAGGCGAGGCAGCCGAGGAGGAGCUCGCAACCGCGGGAGCCCCACCCAGCGGCGGCCUAGCGAGCCGCAGGGUCCGCCGCCGCCUGGCGCGCCGCGGCUCGGAGCACCUGGAGUUUUACCUGGAGGAGUUCGGCAGUGAGGCGGAGCCUACAGGCGGAGCCUCAGCCGCGGCCAGCAGCUCGGGCGGCAGCCCAGCGGCUCCCGCGGCAGCACAGGUAGUGGAGGCGGCGGAGGUUGCCGCCGUGAGCAGCGCGGCGGGCGGAAGGCAG